AUGAAUACAGCUCUAGAAACCGUCAAAGCUAGUCGAACUCGCUUUUUGAACCAGUUCCCAUGGAUGACUUCACCAUUCAUCAUCGGCGCACCGAUGCGCGUGAUGUCAGGACCUCAUCUAGCCUUCGCUAUAUCGAGAGCUGGAGGUCUAGGAUUCAUUGGUCCGGGAGCAAAACCUGAGGAUACUUCCAAAGAUUUGGCUACGGUACGAGAGCUUUUGCGCAACUCGCUCCCGAGUACGCUUCCAUCUGCGUUUCCUUCUACAAAUACUCUUCCCGUUGGUGUUGGCUUCCAACUCUGGAACGGCGAUCUCAACUCUGCUUUCCAAGCUGUUAGAGAACACAGACCCUGCGCUGCAUGGCUCUUCGCGCCGCGUCGAGGUCAAGAGGAGUUGGAUGAGUGGACAUCUCGGAUCCGUGAAGCUUCUCCUGAUAUCCAAAUCUGGAUUCAGAUUGGCACUGUUAAAGAGAGUAUUGAAGCUGCAAAGAGCGUGCAUCGUCCAGACGGUUUAGUUAUCCAAGGCACGGAGGCUGGUGGUCACGGUCGAGCCACUGAUGGCAUGGGAAUAAUGGCAUUAUUUCCUGAAAUCUCCGAUCAGGUCCGCGGCUCGGGUAUGUGCUUGUUUGCAGCUGGAGGCAUCGCAGACGGCCGAGGACUCGCAGCAGCACUCUCCCUCGGAGCAACAGGUGCAGUAAUGGGCACACGCUUCCUCGCAGCAACCGAAGCUCGCAUCAGCAAAGGAUACCAACAAGAAAUAGUACGAGCCACAGAUGGAGCGCAGUGCACGACCAGGACUAUGCUUUACAACCAUCUCCGGGGCACGAUGGGCUGGCCAGAGCAGUACAGCCCGCGUGGCAUUGUCAACCAGAGCUUCCACGACCAUCAAGCAGGUGUUGAGUUUGAAGAACUGAAGAAGCGGCACGAUGAAGCGGUGCAGUCUGGGGAUAAGGGCUGGGGACCGGAGGGGAGGUUGGCGACGUAUGCAGGUGCGGCUGUUGGUUUGAUUCAUGAUAUUCAGGAUGCCGAGGUUAUUGUGAAGAAUGUGCAGGGUGAAGCCAAAGAGAUUAUAACAAACCUAUCGAGUCAUGGUGUGUAG